GCACAAAAUAUACGUCACGUUCAAGUUCUAACACCAGUCUAUCGGUUGUUUUAGCAUUAUUAGUUAAAACAGGUAACUUAUUGUUGUCUAAUUAAAUAUAUUUGCUAUUCGUGCUUCAGGUCACACGUAAAGGUUUUGUUUUGAUCGGAAAUCACUUUGCUUUCUGUAAUAAAUUACGAGUUUUCCCCCCUCACGUGGACCAUUUGGAGCAGGAAUGGAUGACUUGCCUGCAGAUUUAAGAGAAUUUCUGCAGACUCAACCUUUUCUAGAGCUCACUGAAACCAAAAGGAUCAGGUGCACAUUAAGUGGACACGAGAUUCCUUGCAACCUUGCGGAGCUGCAGACGUUCAUAUCUGGGAAGAAAUUCAAGAAGCUGUGUGCUGCAGAGUUUAACUACAGCCAGUAUGAACCUCAUGUGGUCCCGAGCACAAAGCAGCCAAAUCAGCUUUUUUGCAAGCUGACCCUGAGACACCUCAAUCGCAUGCCUCAUCAUGUCCUCCGGCACGUCAGUGGAAAACGGUACAAGAAAGCUCUGGCACAAUAUGAGGAAUGUGUUAAACAAGGUGUAGAGUUCGUUCCAGCCAGACUCAGGCAGAAAACACGACCCCGAGACACAGAUGAUGGCAUGGAGAGCGCGAAAGAAGGAGGGAGCAGGAGCAAGCACAAGCAGAAAGAGAAAAAGAAACAAGACAGCGGCAUUUGGGCUCCGAGCUCCAGCGAGGGAGAAGGCAGCGACUCCGAGGACAGCAUGUCGGAUCUCUAUCCAUCCACUCUGUUCACGUUAAAGGAGUCAGCGGAACAGGAAAAGAUGGAGAAAGAUGAAGAUGAAUUUCAGACAGAUGACGAUAUGGAGGUGUCUGAAACAGAAGAGGAGAAACAAGCAGCGCAAAAACGCAAAAAGGUCCAGUCUGCUGCUUUUAACAAGAAAUUUAAGAAAAACAGAAAAAAGAAAGGUGUUACUCGCAUCAAUAAAUUAAAGAAUGGAAAAUAAUAAUUAAAAAAAAAUUGCGUUUGCA